AUAAAUAUAUAUCAUAGCCUAAAUAUAAAUAAUUUAACAACUUAAAUUAGAAAAAAUAAAAAUCCCGGGCGUAGCCCGGGUUAAUCCCUAGUAAAUAAAGAAAAGCGAAUAUAACCAAUUUUCAACGGCAGUUUUAUUAAAUAAUAUAUAAAUAUAUUUUGUUUGUUUGAAUGUGGACAAUUUUUUCAGAACACAUCAUCCAACAACUAAUUUUUUUCGAAAUAAUUUUAAUUUCUCCAUAAAAAAGAUAUCAAAUAUACAAUAACAGAAUUUAAGAAUUUUUAUUUGGCGAAAGUCUUACAUUCUUUUUCUUUAAACCCUAUUUUUGUUUGUAUUGGUGGAUCAGUUUUCCAAUGAUUUUGUACGAUAAACUUUCUAGUUCUCCUAAAAGAAAAACUAAUCUUCUUCUGUGAUACGAGGACAAACCUCGUUUGAUAACUAAAGAUCCUUUUGGCAGAGGAAUAACCAGAAACAAAUUCUAAACUAGAAGAGACAUGACGAUCGAAAUAGCAUCUUGGGCCCAACAUACAGAUCCCUUGAUGGGCUUUGUAUAUUAAUCGAUUCGGAGUUUAAAUAUCCAGAUUGUAUUCGUCCAGACACAAUAAACAUGGCGAUUCGAACAUUCUCUUCUCUUGUCCGCGCCACUCUUCACCAAACCCCUAAACCCCAUUCACUACGCUUCUUCUUCUUCUCCACACUCCCACACGAUCCACCACCACCACCACCAGAGCUAAUCAACGAAAUCUCCCGCGUUUUAAGCGAUCACCGCAACCCCAAAGACGACCUCGAACACACCCUCACCGUCUACUCUCCCAAACUCUCCUCCAACCUAAUCGAACAAGUCCUGAAACGCUGCAAAAACCUCGGCUUCCCCGCCCACAGAUUCUUCCUCUGGGCGAGGCGAGUCCCGGGCCUCGAACCCAGCUCGGAAAGUUACCACAUUUUGGUCGAGAUUCUCGGCAGCAGCAAGCAGUUUGCUUUGCUUUGGGACUUUCUGAUCGAAGCGAGAGAGUAUAACUACUUUGAGAUUGGUCCUAAAGUGUUUUGGAUUGUCUUUAGAGCUUAUAGUAGAGCUAACUUACCAAGUGAAGCCAUUCGAGCUUUUAAUCGAAUGGUUGAGUUUGGGAUUAAGCCUAGUGCUGAUGAUCUUGACCAGCUUCUCCAUUCGCUUUGCGAUCGGAAACACGUGGAACACGCUCAGGAGGUUUUCGACAAGGCCAAACACUGUUUCGUCUUCGCGCCGAGCGCGAAGACGUAUAGCAUUUUAGUGAGAGGCUAUGCGAGGGUGAGAGACGCCUCCGGUGCACGCAAGGUGUUCGAUGAAAUGCUUGAGAGAAACUGCGAAGUCGAUUUGCUCGCGUACAACGCGCUUUUAGACGCGUUGUGCAAGUCCGGCGAUGUCGACGGAGCGUAUAAGAUGUUUCAAGAAAUGGGUAAGCUCGGACUUACCCCGGACGCGUACAGCUACGCUAUUUUCAUCCACGCCUACUGCGACGCGGACGAUGUUCAUUCGGCUUAUAAGGUUCUCGAUAGGAUGAAGAGGUACGGGCUUGUACCUAAUGUGUACACGUACAACCAUAUCAUAAAGACUCUCUGCAAGAAGGAGAAGGUUGAUGAUGCUUAUCUACUGUUGGAUGAGAUGAUUGAAAGAGGAGCUGAUCCGGACACUUGGACUUACAAUUCGAUAAUGGCUUACCACUGCGACCACUGCGAGGUGAACCGAGCGACGAAUCUGAUCUCUAGAAUGGACAGAACCAAGUGUUUACCUGAUAGGCACACUUACAAUAUGGUUCUCAAGCUGCUGAUAAGGAUAGGGAGGUUUGACCGCGCCGAGGAGAUGUGGGAAGGGAUGAGCAAGAGGAAGUUUUAUCCAACGGUUGCUACUUAUACCGUGAUGAUACAUGGGUUGGUGAGGAAGAAAGGGAAGAUGGAGGAGGCUUGCAGGUACUUUGAGAUGAUGGUUGACGAUGGGAUUCCGCCUUAUUCGACGACGGUUGAGAUGUUGAGGAACAGGCUUGUGGGUUGGGGACAGAUGGAUGUUGUGGAUGUUUUGGCGGGGAAGAUGGAGAGGAGCAGUUGUUGUAAGGUUAGAGAAAUGGCGGUUGAGAUGAGAGGGAGGAGGAGGAGAGUGGGACGUAGGAGUGAAGGAAGUGAAGAUGAUGAUUCUGAGCUUGAAAGAGAAACAUAUGAAUAAUAAAAGUUAAAGAGAGUUGGAUAGGCUCAGGGAGUAGCUUGGAUUUAUUAAUGUUGAGGAAGGUUCUAUAAAGACAAAGACAAGAGAUUCUGAGCUUAUGGGAGAAACAUGGCUAGAAUUGUUCCCUAAGACAAGACUCUCUGUUGUUUUAAAUACAAGAGACUCUCACUGUGGUUCUUCUAACAGUAGAUAUAUUCAAGAGUAGUGUUUCUUUUGG